UUAUGAACAGUUUUUCUUUGAUGCAACAACUAGCUGUACAUUUCUGUUUUGAUGAAUUUAGAUAUAAAAGGCACUGUUUUUCCAUUCCCCUUAUAAUUUCUACUCUGUUUCAUGGCCUUUUUUGGCCCUAAUAACCAUGAAGCUCAACUUUCCAUACCCUCAAUUUGUUUUAGUAUCAAAUGACCCAAAGGCAUUUGAAGUACUUAAUGGAAUAAAAAUGGGACCAUUUACAUUUCACUAACGAUGGGUUUCUAGAACAGGAAGAAUGUAAGAUUUUCUCAAAAGCUCCAGAAUGACAAACGCUGCAAUUGGAUCGUGUUUAAAGGGUGCAGGGUCAGCGGAAGAGGGACUCCUGUGUCAGAGUUUUAGGAUGGCCAGUGAAGUCUCCACUCUUCCUAGCCCCGUGGUCCGCCAGAUUGAUAAGCAGUUCUUGAUCUGUAGCAUAUGUCUGGACCGCUACGAGAACCCUAAAGUACUGCCCUGCCUGCACACCUUCUGUGAGAGGUGCCUGCAGAAUUACAUCCCAGCCCACAGCCUCACACUCUCGUGCCCCGUGUGCCGCCAGACCUCGAUCCUGCCGGAGAAGGGUGUGGCGGCAUUGCAGAAUAACUUCUUCAUUACCAACCUGAUGGAUGUGCUGCAGCGCGAGCCGGGCAACUGCAGCCAGGAGGCCGCCGCUCUCACCAACAUCACAGCUGUGGCUACGGGACAACUGCUGUCCUGCCCCAACCAUGGAGGCAACGUCAUGGAGUUCUACUGUCCUCCCUGUGAGACAGCCAUGUGUCAGGAGUGUGCAUGUGGAGAACAUGGAGAACAUCCCACUGUUCCUCUUAAAGACGUCGUGGAACAACACAAGGCAUCAUUACUAAAGCAGCUGGACGCCGUGAAGAAGAGGUUGCCAGAGAUCGACUGCGCCCUGCAGACGCUGUCGGAGAUCCUGCAGCAGCUGACCAGUCAGAAGAGCUCAAUCGAAGAUAACAUCCACAUGACGUUUGAUGAGCUGCAGAAGACACUCAAUGUCCGAAAGAGUGUCUUGCUCAUGGAGCUGGAGGUCAACUACGGCCUAAAGCAAAAGGUGCUGCAGGCCCAGCUGGACACUCUGCUGCAGGGUCAGGAGAGCAUCAACAGCUCCUGCAACUUCACAGAGCAGGCUCUGAGCCACGGCACCGAGGCCGAGGUGCUGCUGGUGAAGAAGCAGAUGAGCGAGCGCCUCAUGGAGUUGGCCAGACAGGAGCUUCCUCUGCAGCCCGGAGAGAACGACCAGCUGGACUUCCUGGUAGAGACUGACGGACUGAAGAAGUCCGUCCAUAAUAUGGGAACUAUUGUGACCACCAAUGCUGUGGCAUCUGAAUCCGUGGCCACCGGUGAGGCGUUACGGCACUGUGUGGUGGGCGUUCCCACCUCCAUCACCGUAACCACUAAGGACAAAGACGGAGAACUGUGCAAGAUGGGUAACGCGGUCAUCACUGCUGACAUCUCCUCACCUGAUGGCAGCAAAGGCGAGGGAGAGAUACUGGACAACAAGAACGGCACUUAUGAAUAUUUGUUCACAGCGCCGAAAGAGGGGACCUUUAACUUAUCCCUGCGUUUAUAUGACCAACAUAUCAAAGGAAGCCCCUUCAAGAUAAAGGUCAUCAAGUGUAUAGAUGUAUCACAGACUUCAGAUGGCAUGAAGAAAAGGCUGAAGUCUCCAGGUAGUGGGCACAUAAAGCAGAAGGCCAUCAAGAGGCCGGCCAGUAUGUACAGCACGGGGAGGAGGAAAGAGAACCCCAUCGAGGACGACCUCAUCUUCAGAGUCGGCACUAAAGGCAGAAACAAAGGGGAGUUCACUAAUCUGCAGGGAGUCGCCGCCUCGUCUCUGGGGAAGGUGCUGAUCGCUGACAGCAACAACCAGUGUGUCCAGGUUUUCUCUAACGACGGCCAGUUCAAAAGUCGUUUCGGUAUCCGGGGAAGGACGCCGGGUCAGCUGCAGCGGCCGACAGGCGUGGCCGUCCACCCAAACGGUGACAUCAUCGUUGCUGACUACGACAACAAAUGGGUCAGCAUCUUUUCAAGUGAAGGGAAGUUUAGGAGUAAAAUUGGCUCGGGGAAGCUGAUGGGCCCUAAAGGUGUGUCCGUGGACAGGAACGGCCACAUCAUCGUGGUCGACAACAAGGCCUGCUGCGUCUUCCUCUUUCAGCCCAACGGCAAGCUGGUCACCAAGUUCGGUAACCGUGGCAAUGGUGACAAGCAGUUUGCAGGUACACUCAAUGGUCCUCACUUUGCUGCUGUCAACAACAACAAUGAAAUCAUUGUGACGGAUUUCCACAACCACUCAGUCAAGGUUUUUAACACGGAAGGAGAAUUCUUGCUGAAGUUUGGUUCCAACGGCGAAGGCAAUGGCCAGUUCAACGCCCCCACAGGAGUGGCAGUGGAUGUCAAUGGGAACAUCAUAGUGGCAGACUGGGGAAACAGCAGGAUACAGGUGUUUGAUGGCAGCGGCUCGUUCCUCUCCUACAUCAACACAUCAGCAGAUCCUCUGUACGGCCCGCAGGGAUUGGCUCUCACGUCUGACGGACAUGUCGUGGUCGCCGAUUCCGGCAACCACUGUUUCAAAAUCUACCGGUACCUGCAGUAGCAGUAGAACCUCCGCAGGUAGCAGCAGUGCACUGUUGUGCAGUGUGCAUAAACACACAUUAGUAUGGAGCGACUGGCAGAUAUUUGCACUCAGUCAUUGAAUCGUGUCGUCUUUGUGCCACUUGUUUCACUGUUCUCCAAGUGUGACGUCCUGUCUGACGCUGAGGAAACGACGCAGAGAAUUUCUUCUGUGUGUGUUUGUGUGUGUGUGUGAUGUGAAUGGAGCAAAAGAACGUCUAAACUUUUCACUGAUUUCUUACUUAAACCUUUAAUAUUGUACAUACAGUAUGUUAGACAUUGACUUUGUUGUGACACGGCAGGAAAACUGGAAAAUAAGGGUAUUGCACUUGUACUGGUUGAGCACUGUGUUAAGUGAAACGGACUUAAACAUCAUCAACAAUGGACAUGUGGAAUAAAUAUCAUCUAAAUAUUAUCUCAAACUAAAGCCAGAAAAACAAAUAGUUAUCAGCAUUGUUUUUAGUCUUUAUAGCUUUUGUUUUUCAUGUUUUGUGUCACUAAAAAAACUAACAGUGUUCAUAAUGAGAGAAAAAACACAUGUCAACAUGAUGUGAAAAAAAAUUAAAGCUCAUUGA